AGAGAAUUGUGUACGUUGGGUAGGAGAUCAGGUAGUUCAAGCUCGGAAGUGAUAUAAAGGCCUUCGUCGUACCGAUCAACUUUAGCGUACCUGAAAAUCGUUCACUGGAAACACCACCAACAGUUCGGUCAGGAAGUGUCUCCGUCCCACACCACACUCGACCAUCAUGGUGGUGUGGACGGCGCUGAUACUAGCGACAGUGGCCCUCUUGGCCGAAGCUGCAUCAACAGAUUCGCAGACUUCCGGUAUCACGACCGUUGGUUCGAAAAAAUUGGCAACAGCAACUGACUGCGCUGGUGUUAUUGCCUUCUCAGCAUCUCAUGGCUCCGUUAAAGAUUCAAAAUUGCUUCUCGCCGAGACGUUGAUUGACAAAGGAAUUGGAUACGUCGCUGAAACAGGAAUUUUCACCACCCACUGUCCAGGUCUCUAUCAAUUUAGUUUCGCUGGCUAUGGCGAUUCUGAGCUUCAAUUGAUUCUAAAACGAAAACUCAAUAAAUCAGAAAAAUGGAAUCCAGUGGCAAAUGUGGGAUCAGGUGGUGGUUCCAAUUUGGUACUUCUUGACGUUGACGUUGGCGAUCAAUUAUCAGUCUUUGUUGAAAAAGGAAAACUCAUCGAUGGAGGAGCAGCCACUUUUUCUGGAUAUCGAGUUUCGAAAAAGUGAUUUUUUUUCUCUCACAAACAAAAUUUGAUCCCUUCACACUGAACCGAAAGCGAUUUACAUAAUACUGCUACUACUACCAAUACUACUGACUUCUAUAUAUAUAUAUAUAUAUAUCCUACCCUAUGAGUUUGGACCUUUUCGAUAAGAAGGCAAUGACGACCGUUAAACAUCGGAUAAAUUAAAAGAUAAAAAAAAAAACUUUGCAAAUUUUAAAACAAUGCAAUUUUUUUGAAAUUAUGUUAAUUUGAAAAAAUUAGAAUUUAUUAGUAAAAGCGGUCGCUCAAAAUAAACGCGUUUGUCGAACUUAUUGGCGACAACGUACUGUGAUAGCAACUUAAACUUAUAAACAAUCGAAGAAAAAUUCGAAAAUCUGGAUUUCCACUUCUUUUUUUUUGAAUUUAAAAAAAAUGUAACUUGUAAUAUUUUACAAUUUUUUUUUCUAUUUUUCUAUAUAUUCUCUAUCUUUCUUUUUGGUAACUUUCACUAUUUUUUCUUUGAGUUUAUUUUUCUAUACUCCUUGUCUAGAUUUCUUUCAUUUUCAACUUCAAUCACUUCCAUUUCUUCCGUUUCUUCAAUUACAAAUUUUCUAUUUUUUUAUCUUCUCUUCCUUCUGUGACUUUUCUUCAUCUAAGUCUUCCAUGUAGAAUUCCAUUUUCUAUAUAAAUUUCUAUUUUUCUUCUACUUUCAUUAUUUUCUGUCUGUUUCUUCUUAUCUUUAUUUUCAUAUCUAUCUGUGAUCUUUUCUUUUCCAUUUCUAAUUCCUUUUCUUUUCACCUAUCAGUAUUACUCUUCUAUUCGUUAGCCACUUCUUGCCGGGUUUAAGAUUUCCCAUUCUUAUUCUUCAUUUCUAUCAUUCUUUCAAUUUUCUAUUUUUCUCUAUUUUUCAGCUUCACUUUCAUAUCUUUAUUUUAUUCUCUCUUGAAAUUUUGUUUUACAAUUGUACCUGAUUAUAAUAUGUAACUUCAUGUUUCUUCUUUUCUAUUAUCUUUACUUUUUUAUUCUUUAAAAAAAAUUACUACUGUUUUCUUCCCUUUUUUAUUUCAUCUUUCGUUAAGUAAAUCUUUAUUUGUUUCUUUUAUCUUUCCUUUUUCUUGCUUUUACUUUUAUUUUUCUUUGUCUUUAUCUUCUUUAUCUGUCCUUUCUUCUUUACUUUUAUUCCUGCUUUUUUUAUCUUUUUAUUCAAUUUUCGUAACAUCCUUUCUUUUCUCCUUUCUUUUUUCUCUAUCUUUUAUUUCUUAAUAUUUUUCUUCUUUCUUCUUAUAUUUCUUUUUGCCUUUUCUUUACUUUUCCCUUUUUUCUUUUCUGCUUCUAUCCUCUUUCUCUUGUUUAUUUUCUCUCUUGUACUCUUUUUUCUUUCUUUCUUUUUCUUCUGUUCUCCACAUGUACUUUCAUUUUCUUCAUAUAUCUUAAAAUGAAACCAACGUUCCACUUUCAACGGCUAUUCUACUUUUCUCCUUUCACUCGACUCUUUUUGUCUGUAAUAUUCCACCGAUGCCGCUUUAUAUUUGAAUUGUUGGUGCCUUUACCAUACUUGUCUUUCAUACCAUAUAUAAAUUUAAUGCUGUGAUCAAAUAUGCUUUAAAACAUCCAAUUCUACACGUCAUUUAUAUAUAUUUUUUUAAUUGUUAGAUAUUAUUUCUCACAAUUCAUUAGUAAAUCUUCUCAUUUGAAUUAUUAUAAUUUUUAUUAGUAGCAAAAAAAAUGUUUAAUUAAGUGUAAACACUAAAUUUAAAUAAUAAUUAAUAUAAAACAGGAAAUUCAAUUUUCUGUAUGCAAAUUUUAUUUUUAUGUAAUUUUUUUCGUCUAUUCAUGUUUCUCUCUAUAGCAAAUGCUGUGAUUACUUGUCUCAUGUUUUUUCAAUUUCUGUUCUACUGUGUUGUCUUAUCAAAAUGUACUUAUUAUAUUCAAUAUCAUUUUCUUUUUUCUACAAAAUACAUUCUAUCAUCUUCAUUUUCUAUAUAUAUGUUCAGCUGACACUCAAGCUUACAACCAAAUUUAGUAACAAUCAAUUAAAUGUUACGAACUCUUAUAUAUUACCUGUACAUUUUGUCUACACUGAGCUUUACUUUGCAAUAAACUGAAAAUGCAUUCUUUU